GAUCGCCAGGUCCUUCCCCGAAGCAGAGGUGCCCUUACCCUCCUGUGUCCGUUCCAGCCGGGCCCACCCGGUUCUGGCCCACCCUGGCAGCGCAGCUCGGGGGGCAGAGGAGGAGGAGGAGGACGACGACGACUACAACGACGACGAUGUGCCCGGAGGCCCGGCCCACUUGGCCCAAGCAGACAGCGCGCACCUGAGGAUGAGCCACUGUCUGCGUGUGCCAGGCCCCUUCUGGGGUGGGGCGGGCUCAGGAGCCCCAGACCCUGCCAAGGUGGCUUUCUCCUACCGGGCCGGGUGGAGUGGCACGGCCCGUCAGCGCAGCGCUCUGCACGGCCUGCUGCAGCGCCAGCACUGCUUGCACCUGGCUCGCAACUACAGCCGCCGUCUUAAGGCGGCUUCUGACUUCGUCUGCCGCUUGAUGGUGGCCGAGCGCUGUCUUUUGCCACCGGUCGGCAGGCAGAGUGGUGGCAGGGGCCGCCUGCUGCGAGGACUCUGCCAGGAGCUGGCGGUCCACACCUCUCACUGGGACUGCCUGCAGUGCCACAUGCGCAGGGACCCCUGGCUGGGGCCUGUGCUGCUUCAGCAGCCCGAGGUGGUGCAGCGCAUGAAGCAGUCCCUCUUCCUGCUGGCCCUGCAUGCGCUUUGCCUGCUGGAGAGCUGCCUGGUGGCCCUGUUGCAAAACUGGGCCUGUGGCCCCCCCACCUUGCUCUCAGAGGUGUUCCAGGGACUGGAGAGCUACAACCAGGGGCUGAGUGAGUGGGCACUGCAGGAGGCCAAGCUGGGGCCUGGGGCUUCGGGGCAACAAGGGCUGUGGGGGGGCCGUGCCUUCUCUGUGGAGAGGGUGCUGGCCAUCUUGGCAGCUGAAAGAGGACGCCUGGCAGGCGAGAGACUGUCGCUGCUCCUCCCUUGGCAGCAGGCGGGGACCAGCGAUCUGAAGCCAGCAGCUGAUGGCACUUCUGGGGCAGGCGAGGGCCUCCCUGCGCACCUGGAGACCGUGUGCCGGGAGGAGGAGGCGGCGGUCACGGCGCUGCUGCAAGAACUGCUUGCGUCCACCGACGGCCUGGGACAUCGCCUCCUGCACCGGCCCAAGCAGGAGCAGCCCCCAGAGCCUCUCACUGCAGGCCAGGUCCUGGGCCCCGCCCUGUUGCCCAGCCGGACGUCUCUGGACUGGCUGGACGCAGCUGGGAUUCUCUACGCCGAAUACCGGCCCCUCUUCUGGAGAGCUGCGUCGACCUCCUUGGCGUGCCAGCUGGAGCUCCGUUCACCCCUGGCUCAGCUUCAGGAGGGGGCCUGGGCUGCCCUGGGCCGGCAGUUGACCCACGCCCUGGACGAGGCUUGCCUGCCUCUGGAGGCUGCCGGGGAACUGAAGGAUGCGGCGCUUCAUCUGCUUAAGCUUGACAUCCUCUGGCGAUGGGACCCAGGAUUCUGCCACGCUCUGGGCACCAGCCUUGUGGACAAAUGCUUGCCCAAGCCCACCACUGUGGCCUGCAGCCAGACAGGGCAGCUCUUGCAGCGCCUCUUCCUGCUCCUGGCCUUCAGUAUGAGAUGCCUGGAUACCCAGCCCUGCAGUGGUGACCCAGGGAAUCGCCUUCUCCCUGCCAGCCUGCCCCUGCAGCUGCUUUCCCUUGCAGUGGCUACCAGCCAUGCCUCUUCCUACUGGGCCACGAGCAAGGCCUACCAGUACUUGGCCUCCUGGUCCCUCAGCCAAUUUCUUCUUGUGACGCAAGGAGAUUUGCAGCUGCUGAAGACUGAAGCAAAGAAGAUGUUGGUGCAGGUGGGCAGAAUCUUCUUGGAGGAUAAGUGGAAGCAGAGCCCUUUGGCCUCUCAUCAGGAGCGGGAGCUGAGCCUGCAACUCCACGCAGCAGCCACCAGCAUCCAACUUUUUGCAAACGACGUGUUGGAGUUGUUUUAUUUGGACUGCAAACGAGUGUCGGCAGAGGUCUUUGGACAGUCUAUGCCACUUGGCAAAUACUGGCGUCUCGCCCUCCGAGAAGAGGUGCCCUCCGCUCCCAGUGAGUAUGCCCAGGCCGCCUCCCAAACUGUCCUGGCUCCAGUCUUGCAGGGCAUCCGGUGGCUGUCCCGUGAUGCCCAGGCGGUGGUCCUCAGCCAGGUCAUGACUGCUUUCUUGGAAGCCUGGAUGGGCCACAUCCUGGCCCAGAAAAUCAAGUUCAGCAAAUGGACAACGCCAUCGCAUGCCUUUUGCAGCAGCCUGCCAAGGUGGCCUUGCCCUCGCACAGCUGGGACGCCCUACACAAGUGCUGCUCACGGGACGGGACGCGGUCGUGGGAUGGCAGCCCAGGCAGCCUGAGCAGUCUGGAGUGCCUGGAGGGGCUGCCUGUCCACGUGCGAGCUGCACCAGGGAGUCGGGCAGGUGACCUGCUGGGCCACACA